GUAUGUUUCGCACAAGGCGGAGAGGAGAAGUGCAUGCGGUGGAUAGCAUCAUCCUCUGCCCGCACAAAGCAAACGCACAAGAGACAGCCAGUGCCGCUUUCGAGUCGACUGGCCCGUGACAGAAACACACCGCCGCCAUGUCUCUGAACUGCGCAAUUUCUGGUGCCGUGCCAGAGCACCCCGUGGUGUCCCCAAAGUCUGGCGCCGUGUUUGAGCGGCGUGUGAUUGAGAAGCAUCUCCGCGACAACCAGACAGACCCCGUCUCUGGCGAUCCCCUUGAGGUCGACGAGCUGAUCGAUGUCAAAGGAGGCGAUGUCGUCCAGCCUCGUGCACCAAACGCAACCAGUAUCCCAUCUCUGCUCAAGACGUUCCAGGAUGAAUGGGACGCCGUCAUGCUGGAGUCCUUUGAGCUGAAGAAGCACGUCAUGGAACUUCGCCAAGAGCUGACACACAGUCUGUACCAGCACGACGCAUCUUGCCGUUUGAUUGCUCGUCUCACCCGCGAACGCGACCAGGCCCGCCAGGCGCUGGUUGCGCUUGAGCAGCAGGCGCCGCAGAUGGCGCAGCAGGCGGCCGCCCCUGCCGAGGCCCCCGCUGCAGCCGAGGAGCAAGAAGGACCCCUGCCCGCGGAGGUUGUGGCCAGCAUCAAGGCAACCCACAAAAAGCUCAGCAAGCAACGCAAGAAGCGGUUCAAGGCUGCCGACUUUCCUGCAGAGGAGAAUGUGAACAAGUACACGUGCCAGAAGACGCACAGCGGCAUGCACAGCUCCCGCAGCAAGGCCAUCAACGACCUUGCCGUGCACCCGACACAGCCCAACAUUGUGCUCACCGCCGGCCAGGAUAAGACGGCACUCGUGUACGACCUCAACUCCGAGGAAAUCCUGACCACAUACAAGGGUCACAGCAAGAAGGUGACAGCGUGCCUGCUGCACCCAACGCAGGAUGUUGCCAUCACUGCCAGUGCAGACAACACCGUGCACAUUUGGACAACCGCCGGUGACACCCGCCACAUUAUCAAGGCGCACAAGGCGACUGUGGAGGCUCUGAGCCUGCACCCGACCAUGGACUACGUGCUGGCUGCGGAUGCCAAGGGCGUUUGGUCGUUUACAGAUGUACUGACGGGCGAGACGCUGUCGACACACAAGGACGAGGAGGCUGCGUCGGGCAUCACCUGCGCCCAGUGGCACCCCGAUGGCACCCUGUUUGCCGUUGGCACAAAGAAGAACACGGUGCGUGUUUGGAACAUCAACCAGCACCAGAUGCUUCAGUCGUUUGAGGGCCACGCUGCGCCCAUCACGGCUAUUGCCUUUUCGGAGUCUGGCCUGCACCUUGCCUCUGCCUCGAGCGACGGCGUUGUGAAGCUGUGGAACCUGCGCACUCUCGAGUGCCUCAACACCCUCGAGCUCGACGCCGGCACCAAGGUGAAUGCGCUGUGCUUUGAUGACACGGGCCGCUUCCUUGCGAUUGGCGGCAGCGAUUUGAGGAUAGUGAAUGUGUCCAAGUGGGAGACGGUGGCCACCCAUCAGGACCACUCGUCCAACAUCAACGCGCUUGCUUGGACUGCUGGUGACCCCGGCACCCUCCUCUCAGCCGGUGCAGACAACGCCAUCUGCGUCUACACCGUCUAGUAGCGCGUGCACCCCUCCCCUUGGCCCUCUGUCUUGUUCCUCUCCGCUGUUCUCGUGUGUGUGUGUGUGUGUGUGUGUGU